AUGCACAGGUGCGUUCGCCCCCAUCCCCCAGUCACCCGAGCCCUGCGCCACGCCAAAGAAAAGCUCCUCGCAGCCGGCCUAAAAGUCGUAGACUGGGAACCCUACCGCCACGACCACGGCUGGGAGAUUAUCUCAUCCCUCUACUUCCCCGACGCCGCCAACAGCCAACGCACCGUCCUCUCCCAAAGCGGCGAGCCCCUCCUCCCCCUAACUGAAUGGGCCUUCGCCUACAGCCGCGCCUCCCCGCUCAGCAUCCCCGAGAACUGGGCCCUGAACUGCAAGCGCGACGCCUACCGCGACACGUACCACGCCCUCAUGAAAUCCCGCGACGUAGACUUCAUCCUCUGCCCUGUCUAUGUCGGCGCGGCGGCAGUGAUGGGCGAAUCGCAGUACUGGAAUUACACCGCUAUCUGGAAUAUCCUCGACUAUCCCGGUGUUGUUUUCCCGAGCGGGCUGAUCGUUGACCCGGAGUUGGAUCCGGUGGAUGGUGGGUAUCGCCCCCGGAGCGAGGUUGAUGCGCGCGAGUGGGCCAAGUAUCGUCCUGAGCGGUAUGAGGGAGCGCCGAUUGGUCUGCAGCUCGUAGGCAAGCGUUUCAAGGAUGAGGAGACCCUUGCGGCGGCGGGCCUUGUUUCGGAUAUCGUGCAAGGGAAAGAAGAGGAUAUCAGAAGUAGGCUUUGA